AGAGAGACAGCGAAUGUGUAUGCAUGUCUGAGUCAGUAAGUGAAUCGAUUCCUCUUCCAGUGGAUCGAGCCAGACAGCAGUCAGCACCCAAUUGAAGGGUGUCUCUUCUGGGCUCAAGUGCUGCUCAGAGCCACUGAUUCCACCAGGGAACCGCAGACACUGGCAGGAGGACUGGAGGAGGUGGUGGAAAGGGGAGGAGUGACACCGGUUAACAGAUUAAAGCCCUCUCCUGUUUCUCUCUCUCUUUCAUUCCCUCCGAGUGAGGAGAGACAACUCUAGAUACUGCAUACUGUAAUCAGAUUGCUUCUGUGUAAUUUGUUCCUCUCAAUUACUUGUCCUUUCUUGAGUUUUUACACCGCUGCGGUCUGGGGGAAAUGCAGGGCACGAUUCAAAAGGAGGACUAGUGCAUCUCUUGUGCUGCCGCCUCUGUCCUUCUUUCUCUCUCUUUCUUUAAAUGUAAGUGGAAGGUGAUUGGGGGGGAGUGAAUUAGGGAGCGGGGAUAACCCGUUGCAGCCAGCUGGAGAGAUGGGCAAAUCCAACAGCAAACUAAAGCCUGAGGUAGUGGAAGAGCUGUGCAGAAAGACCUACUUCACAGAGAAAGAGGUUCAGCAGUGGUAUAAGGGUUUUAUCAAAGACUGUCCCAGUGGUCAGUUGGACGCAGCUGGCUUUCAGAAGAUCUACAAGCAAUUCUUCCCCUUCGGUGAUCCCACCAAAUUUGCCACCUUUGUCUUCAAUGUCUUUGAUGAAAACAAGGAUGGACGAAUUGAGUUCUCAGAGUUCAUUCAAGCUUUGUCUGUCACAUCCAGAGGGACGCUGGAUGAAAAACUCAGAUGGGCCUUUAAACUUUAUGAUCUUGAUAAUGAUGGCUACAUAACCCGAGAUGAGAUGCUGAACAUCGUGGAUGCCAUCUACCAGAUGGUGGGGAACACAGUGGACUUACCUGAGGAGGAAAACACACCAGAGAAAAGAGUUGACCGCAUCUUUGAUAUGAUGGAUAAGAAUGCAGAUGGGAUGUUGACUCUGCAGGAGUUUCAGGAGGGCUCCAAGGCAGACCCCUCUAUUGUACAAGCACUCUCCCUUUAUGACGGCCUGGUGUAGGCCCAUCUCAAAGUGGCGUUCAGUAAUCAAAACAGUCCAUUUACAGUAUAUCAUCCUGCCGGCACUGUGAGAGGAAAACUGACCUGCCACCAACCUCUUGGACAUGCCAAGUGCCAACACGAAGGUGCAUUGUAGGUGUUGCUCAUAAGAGGGGAUCAGCUGUCAGUCACUCAUCUCCACUGUCACUGGAAAACUCCAAAAUCCACUCAAGACAACAUGAACCCUUGCAGAACUCAUUUUGGGAUGAGUGAUGUACAGUAAAAGAACCUCAUGAGAGUCUAAUGGGUAUAGUGCCCUUUUUGUAAAGAAGACACUCAAUAUGGACAGUGACUUUGAGGACAUCCACAUCAGUGUUAUUAAAUGUAAAACUCAUAUUCGAAACACCAAUGAAUGAGUUCCUUAUAUUGCUAUGGACUUUGUCAUAGGACCCAGCUGGAUUUUGGUCUAGCCUUCACUGCAUGAUGAACAAAGAUGCAUUUGCAGCAUUCCAUGGGCUUCAGCAAGCACUGGCAUUGAACAACAUGCGUCUAGCUGUAUUUAUUUAUAUAACCUUUCUAUUUAAAUUAGCAAUCUUCAAAAAUAAACAAAAACGUAUAAAUCUCCUUAUAAAUCUCAUGCUUAUUCUUGAGACCUGAGAGUUAACGUCUGACAGCCAUGAUUUAUUAUACUGAGAGUGAGACUGUAUUUACUCACAUGCCCCUGCUUUGCUUGACCCAUAGACAGUCUCACUGUACACCUUUUGUAGAAUGCAAAUUUUCUAAAGUAUUGCAUAUGACUGUCAUGAUGGUGUCGGCGCAUAUAUGUGAUGAAGUCAUCACUGGUAAACAUGUUCUUCUCAGACAGCUAUUGUGUUGCACAUCUGGCUUGUUUGAAAGUAUGAGAUUCAUUUUGUACCAAUAGCAUAUACAGAAUUCAUCAGCACUGCACAUGCCCACAGUGUUUGAAGUGUUGGUGUAUUUAGAUUACUGCUAAUGUUACAGGUGUGGUUUAAAUUGCAAUUAAAUUGUGGUCUUUUUUUUUAAGCCCAACAUUUCAUCUUUCUAAUAUGGCCAUCUGGAAAUGUUCCAAGGUCUGUCUGUUCUCCACUUGCAAAUGCACUGCUGAGUUUUUCUUAAUGUCACAGAAACACUGCAGUAGAUGAAAUAUUAUGGGGUAAUGUUAAUAAAAUGCUAAUGGGGUAUCUUUAAAUAAAAACGUUUUUUAGGCAAAAAUAAAAAUGUCUUAAGGUCUGUUUACGGUGGGUGGGCCAUAGGACUAAAGGAAGUAUUUUCACCUGAAUAUUGCAUGUCUUCUAGAUAAUAAUCACCACCUUUGCUCUAAAAGAACAGAUCAUCUUAUUUGUUUGUAGAAACAGAAACAAUGCUGGUAUGAUCAAACCAAAGAAAAUGCAUUUUCUGUUGGCCACAAAUUAUUAUUUUUUAAGAUUGGAGCUAAUUCUUCUCUCAGACAAAUGUCUGUAUUAUUAUUCAGUCUAGGCUUAUGAGUAUUAGUAUUAGGGAUUCCAGGCUAAAAGGACCAAAAAUGGAGAUGAAAAGGUUCAAGCUGGCAGGCAGGCAGUACCUCACUGCUUGCAUAACACAAUGGAACACUUGGCAUUGUUCAAUAAUCAGUUAAACCAACCAGAUUUAAUUCAUGAAAAAUCAUGAACAAUAAAGGAAGCUGGUACAGACAAUAAAAGGCACCAGAAAAAAAAAAAGCCUUUUCACCUAUGGUCUGACUGCUUCUAUACUGUUUAACUAGCGUAUGUAGUAAAUAUGUAGUGUUACAAAACAAUCAAGAUCCUAUACUUAACACAUGGUCAAAUGUCUCUGGUUACCCAUGAUACUAAAUACAUCCUGUGGAUAUGUCUGUCAGAGAUCCUCCUACCCAUAUGAGAACUACACUGACUGACUAUCCCAGAUAUCUCCACUUUCUUGCUAUCUGGGCUCAGCCACCUCACCUGACAGCCCAUCAGUUUUAAUGGGCUGCUUGGACUCAGAUACCCUCAGCUGUCGGAAUGUAGGGUCACCUCAAUUCUGUCGUGUCAUGCUUCAGUGGACAUGUUGUUAACAGUAGGUAUCAGUAUAGCAGUGUGGACUGUUUUGUGUUUACAUGCAGCAGAGACACUAUUUCUAUUCAACAGAUGCUCAGCCAUUCUGAAUACUCACACUCUUCCCUGAACCUUGUUUUUCUAAAUAUAUUUAUUGCAA